AUGGAACGCGUACGGUCUUGCGAGACGCAACCUUUACUAGGCCAUCUAGAAGAGGAAGCAUUCAGGACUACCGACCAACCGUCCGUGGACUUCGAUCCUAAUGGCGAUCCAGAUAACCCAAUGGAUUGGUCAAAGCCUUAUAAGUGGGGUGUUGUUGCUCUGCUGUUCUUCAUGGCCUUUACAGUAACUUUUACGUGUAUCGGAGUCGUGCCAGUUGCUGACCGAAUCAUUCUUGAUUUGGAGGGUAGCCAGAGUAAAUCUGCAAGCAUUCUACUCGUGACUGUCUGGGAGCUUGGGGAAGCAGCUGGACCCUUGCUCAUUGCCCCUCUCUCCGAGAUAUAUGGCCGCUACUCAGUAUUCAAUGUAGCGAACAUCAUUUUCAUCAUUGGCGUUGUUCUUGCAGCAGUUAGCGAGACCGCAAGCCUGUUCAUCUUCUCUCGUUUUUUGACCGGCUUCGCUGUUGCUUCAAAUGUGCUCAACCCUGCUAUCAUAGGUGACAUUUACUCGUCUGAACAGCGCGGUUCGGGUAUGUCUCUCGUCAUGCUCGCUCCGCUCCUUGGUGGUGCAAUUGGACCGGCUAUCAGCGGUGCCAUUGCCGAAACCUUUGGAUGGCGAAUGAUCCUCUGGAUCAGUGCAGUCAUAGCCGUUGUCUGCGAAAUAUUCUUCUUCACAAUGCUUCGUGAAACCUAUAAGGUCCCGAUCUUGCAGCGCAGAGCGGCCCGCUUGCGCAAGGAGACGAACGACAGAUCGUUGAAAUGCGCCUGGGAACCAGAUACCGAAGGCUCGGCGAUGUCCUGGUUGGCACUGCGAGCUGCAUUCUCACGACCUGUAGUCGUGCUGUUGGAUUCCUCUGUGCUAAAGCUCCUUUCUAUUUACGGGGGAUUGGUUUUCUCUUUCAAUUAUAUUAUGGCAACAACUUUACCGACCAUACUAAAGGAGGUCUAUGACUUUUCGCCAACUUUGAUAGGCCUGGCUUUCUUGGCAUUCAGCAUUGGAGCAGCCUUCGGAAUUGUACUAUGCAAUCAUUUCCUGGACAGUAUAUACCUGAAGCUGGGCAAGUCUUCCGGAGGAGCUGCUCUUCCAGAAUAUCGGUUACCAUUCAUGAUUGGAGCCGCCGCCUUUCUUCCCGCUGUGGUCGUUCUCUACGGAUGGGUAGCAUAUGCCUCCUGGCCCGUUGCGCUGCUUCUACUAGCCGUGGGCGGGUUUGGGUUCAUAAUCAUUAUGACAUGGGUACCUCUGGCUUCAUAUAUCGUGGAUGCUUUUGGACUCUAUUCCGCUUCCGCACUGACUAUGGUUCUGAUCUCUCGUUGUCUGGGGGGAACACUCCUACCGCUAGCUAUUCCUCCUUUGACUGAUGCGCUUGGACUUGGGUAUGGCUUUCUGGUUCUAGGGGCGAUAUGUCUGGCAAUGUUUCCUCUCCCUGUGGUGAUUAUGCGUUAUGGAUCCCGUUGGCGUCAGAGCUCGGCGUAUUCGAGAAAUGAUUAG